AGCAGCAGCAUCUAGCUCGAAGCUGAGCAGAAAAAUAUCCAGCAAACGACCUCUUGUUGCUUCCCCCGGACCUCGGCUGUUGACGUUCGGCCUCCUGCCUGGAAGAUGACGGAGUUACGGCACCGUGGAGCCAAAGACACCGAGCCGCCGUUACAGCAGCAGCCGUCCGAGGACAAGGGCUCAGACAGUGAGCUGAAGGCAGAAAAGGAUGGGGUGUCUGACAGCGAAUCCAAGGUGGAUACGGGAGUCCCAGAGGUGCCGGUUCCUCCUGAUGACACCCCGGAGGUUCUCAACAAGGCCCUGUCUGGACUCUCCUCAAGAUGGAAGAACUGGUGGGUUCGAGGCAUCCUGACACUAGCCAUGAUCUCCUUUUUCUUCAUCAUUAUCUACCUGGGCCCCAUGGUGCUUAUGAUGAUUGUCCUCUGCGUUCAGAUUAAAUGCUUCCAUGAAAUCAUCACAAUUGGUUACAGUGUGUAUCACUCCUACGACCUGCCCUGGUUCAGGACGCUGAGCUGGUACUUCCUGCUGUGUGUGAACUACUUUUUCUAUGGCGAGACUGUGACGGAUUACUUCUUCACACUGGUGCAAAGAGAGGAGCCGCUUCGCAUCCUCAGCAAAUACCACCGUUUUAUCUCCUUCGCUCUUUACCUCACAGGCUUCUGCAUGUUUGUGCUGAGUUUGGUGAAGAAACACUACCGUCUUCAGUUCUACAUGUUCGGUUGGACCCAUGUCACUCUGCUGAUCGUGGUGACUCAGUCUCACCUCAUCAUUCACAACCUGUUUGAGGGGAUGAUCUGGUUCAUUGUGCCAAUUUCCUGUGUGAUCUGCAAUGACAUUAUGGCCUACAUGUUUGGGUUCUUCUUUGGCCGAACCCCACUUAUUAAGCUGUCGCCUAAGAAGACAUGGGAGGGGUUCAUCGGUGGAUUGUUCGCCACCAUUGUGUUUGGCAUCUUGCUUUCCUACGUCAUGGCCGGAUAUCGUUACUUUGUCUGUCCGGUGGAGUUCAACAACGACUCCAACAGUUUCCAAGUGGACUGCCAUCCCUCUGAGCUCUUUCAGCUCCAGGAAUACACCCUGCCUGGUGUCCUGGAGUCUGUCACUGGAUGGACCACGGUGCGUCUUUAUCCUUUCCAGAUUCACAGCAUCGCUCUCUCCUCCUUUGCCUCCAUCGUCGGACCCUUCGGCGGCUUCUUUGCCAGCGGCUUCAAGAGAGCGUUCAAGAUCAAGGAUUUCGCCAACACAAUCCCGGGACACGGUGGCAUCAUGGACAGAUUUGACUGCCAGUAUCUCAUGGCCACAUUCGUCAACGUUUACAUCGCUAGUUUCAUCAGGGGCCCAAACCCCAGCAAGGUGAUCCAACAGCUCCUGGCCCUUCGUCCCGAUCAGCAGCUCCACAUCUUCAACUCCCUGAAGGCUCACCUGACAGAGAAGGGCCUGCUGCCCGCUGUGGAGGCCGCAGCUUAGAGCCCCGCCCCCACAGCAGCUGCCUCACACGGUGGCAGAGAGAUGAAGAGGGCAGCAGCCAGGGGGCUCUGUUUGACCCUCGCUCUCUGAGGGAACAUCUGUUUUUGCGUGAACAGGAACACAUAAAAGAAAAACAAACAAAAAAAAACAGGCAGCCUUGGGUCAUUCCAUUUCACCUGGGUUAGAGAGGCGUGUGUGUGCUCAGUCUGUGAAAAAUGUUUGUAACAUCAGUGUUUUCAGGUUCAGUUUGCUGAUCACCGUCACACUAUUCCAUUACAGMCACUGUUUAACACUGUUAAACUAAAUGUCGGUCAGAUGUACAUAUCUAUACAUUUACAGAUUAUUCCCUCUACUCUCUGUUGGAGUGUGUUCAUAUUUUAGUGUAUUUGUCCUUAUAAUGCACUGCCCUCGACCCUGUUAUUCACUGUAUUAUUACUUCAGCAUCACCCCCACCCCCCCCACACACCCCACCCCCUAAAAAAUAGGUUUUAAUUUUUUUUUAGUAUUAUUUGAUUGUGAAUGUUAUUUAUACAAUGAUGGGUUUUUGUAUUUGGUAUGUUCUAUUAUAUUUUAAUGUUAUGUCUGUUUUACUCAGGCUGUUAUGACUUGUGUAUUUGUGUGUCUUCUUUAGUUUUUUUUAAAAAAUUUUCUCCUUGGUUGGCUAUUUCAAAGCCUCAUGUUUGGCCAAAUCGGGCAAAAGUCCCAAGUUUCACCAAACYUAAUCUACUGUAAGUUACUUAUAAGUAUCUUUGUGUUUUUAAGCUGUAGUGCUUUAAAAACAUAAAACUGUGUUUUAUUAGAAAUCUGAAGUUCUCUCUGAGGCUGAUGACCACAGUUAUUUAUGUCAAUGGGUAAGGCGGUCAUUUCUUAAAGGAUUUUAUUUUAAUUAUUUUUCUUGUUAUUUUUUUAACGUCUCAUUGAGCUAUUUUAGRUUUUAUGUUUGCUCUGUAAGCUGGCAGGACAUUUUGGCCCAAUGCUUUCUCCACUGCCACUCUCUGCUCCUCACUUUGAACCUUUGAGUCACCGAGUGGGACAGCAGAGCGCUCUUUGCCAAAACAAUCAGUUACUGUGUGCAAACCACUUUUCAUUCCAGGAGAUUUACAUGACGUUUAUUUGUGAUUUGCACCAAGUGUGAUUUGAUAGUAAAGCAUAACAAAGCCUCUGCAGUGCUUUGCUCUUUUCUGUUCCCACUGGUCCAAGUGAGGCAAUACCCUCUCUAGGAAUUUGUUAAAUGGUCCUAAAAAUAUUCAUCUUGAAGUGAUUUUUGGUGGAGAUCACAAGUUUGUUGAUAAUGUCAUUGUUAAGUUACAGAAAAGUAAAAUAAACCAGAAGAUAAGGAUCUCAAGCGAUGAAGAUUUUCUGCUGGGCUGGCUCAUUUUUUGAGCAGUGGGCUGACUGAUGGUAGGAAUAAGGAUGCAGCUUUGGUUUGUUGUAAAGACGCAGCUGAAGUGAUCAGUGAAGCAGUUCAUUUACUGUUUUGUUUACAUUCCAGGCCUCACCUUGGUCAUGAUGUGUGGAUCAUGGCAGAAAGAGAUCUCGAGGUGGCUGAGCUCAGAGUUAGAGAGAAGGUGAGGGGCUGCUGCUCUAUAGCAGAAGAAAUCAGCCCAGGUGGAUUAUGUUUCAGAUUUAAAAGUCUUGAGGGUCUCUGUUGGGUUUUCUGGCUCUUCCUAUUGGGAGGAGGUCCAGGUCAGACCUAGAACUUGCUGAGGUGAUGAUCCCAUUUAUCUGCUCAGGCCUGAGCUGAAGGGAAUCGUGAAGAGGGAUGAACAGAAGGUUAAAUUACAUUUGUCUUCACCAGGUUUCAUUGAUUAAUUUUUAUCUUUACAACUUCCUCUACGUACCAACACACACACACACACACAGCUCAACUUCAAACAUGAAAUGUCUUGAAAUUUGCCAAUGUUUUUAGUUUGUGCUGGUUUUACUUUGCUGUUUUUGAUCAGGGAUCCUGGAUAAGAAUGUCUUUGGUUGCAGUUGUUGGUGUGUCCAUGUUACAAACCUCACGUGUGUUUGAGUAGUGGUGUGUAGUUUAGAUUCAAAGUGUCAAACCACAUUAAUCAAACCGUUCCUUGUUUGUGUCUAUUUAUUGUUAUUUUUGGGCAAAUUGAUUGAUUGAUCAGUUCUUAUGUGAAACCAGAUGAAUACUGCAGACCUUCUGUAGACCAGAAUCUGUAUUUAGUGCUCAGAAAGACACAGCAGUGAGUGUAGCAGAGGUCAAAGGUCAACCCCAAGUGUUUAAAUAAUGACCCUGCUAUAUGUUCAGAAAAUAAAUCUUAGUUUCAUUUGGACUAAUUCCCAGAACUCUUGUAAUUUUUUUAUGCACCAAAUUUAGGUUUUACAAAUAUUUAAAUCUACGAAUGUAUUCCCAUUUCUAUUUAUUGAUGUCAUGAUUGUUUCACAUCCAUUCAAAAUGUUUAUCUUAAUGCUCCUGUCACCCUUGGGUCAAAAUGACCCACAUUGCCUCAGUGUUUGGGCCGAGGCCUCGUGGGUCAUUGUGACCUCAGGGCAGCAGUUUGUUUUCCACUCUUGUACAGUUACUGAAAUUAUGUUAAAUAUCUUUAGUGUAAUUUAAUCAUUUGAGUUGAAGAAAGACAAUAAUCAUAUUGCCAUAUAGGAACAAAGUAUUAAAGUAGCAGAAGAGUAUUUUCUCGCUGUGGCUGUGAUUCACUGGGUGUUUCCUCGCCUCCUGACCUGGUUGCUGUUGUGUGUCAACUUGUGUGUCCCGUCGCAAGUUGUUGAAUCACGCUGGUUGGGCACAUGUUGCUCAUGUUAGACGUAGUUUCCUGGACGAUAACUUGAGAAGAGGAAUCCUGACAGUUUUAAGUUGAGCUUUGCCGCCUCCUCUGUGGUUCGAUGUUAGAAGCAGCUCUGCACUGCCUUUUCUCUGCCUGGCCACUAGAGGGAGCCAGAGCCUUUGACCUUAGUCUGUUUGGUACAUUCCAGGGCCCUUACAGAUAAGAGAUUUAAAUUUAUAUUUUGUUUUAUGGUGCCGUUGUCUCAUCCAUCAUAUUCUGUAAGGAUCCUCUGAAAGGAAUGUUAGGAAGUUGUCUGUCCCUUCGUACUGUGCAGCCUCCCUCUCUUGUGGACAUUUUACUUUGUGCUCAUACAUUUCCUUACAAAUCUGUCUUAUUUCAUAUAUAUAUAUAUAUUCUUAAACUACAAUGUUUUGUAUAUUAUCUAGAGAAAAACCUGUAUUCUUUGAUGCUGAUAUGUGCUUUGCCUUGGGUUCAGAGAAAAAAAUAAAUAUAUUUAAAGACA